AUGGCGGUGGAAUGGCACCUCUGGCUGUUCCGGGAUGCAGGGACCUAUGACGGGCUGCUCGUCAACCAGCAGGAGCUGUUCGUGGCAGCCCCCAAUGUGACCAAAGCUGACAUCACACUGCCAGUGUUCACCCUGAAGGAGAGGUGUCUGCAGGUUGUGCGCAGCCUGGUCAGCCCCAUGGACUACAGGAAACUGGACAUUGUUCAGUCGCUGUACGAAGAGUUGGAGGAUCAUCCUGACAUUUGGAAGGAUCUUCGGCGGCUCUCUCUGGAGAGGAGUGAAGCACUGAGGAACUAAAUUCUGGAAUAACGGGAUUAUUCACUUCACACUCCUCAUUACAAACCACUGAGUGAGCAGUGAGAGUCGCCAGGACACACACCAGCUGAUGCCUCCGUUUAACGUUUUGAAACACAAACUCGGUAACUUUGGUGACAGUCAAAUCCCAAAGACUGAACAGCACUGGGAGGCAUGCUGGGUUCUGAUGGUUCAGUUAAUUUCUUCAUUGCAGGUAUUGCAAACUGUAGGGUAAGAUCAGGGCAGCUAAAUGGAAAAUAUUUAUACAAAGUAAUUUUCAUUGUAUUAGAAAGAAAAUUACACCAAGGAUUAAUUUAGCCCAGACUAAUGGUUGUAAGAGUCAUGAGUUUUGUUUGAGUAAUUUGUUUUGAUGGAAUUUCCCUUUCACAUGGCACCUCAGUGUGCCUGUGGGUCACAGAGCAUGAGGGGUUUGUACAUGAGGUUUGUUUUCUAGCAGUGCCUGAGGGUCUGACAAACGUUACAUUGGUGGAAAGAUGAUGUGUAAAUGCUUGCACGUUAUUCUGCCUCUUACCUUUCCAUGUACAAAACCAUGUCCUAUCAGCUCUGGGUCUGACAUGUUUUUACUGUCAUCAUACCUCAAAUGCCUUAUUUGCCUUUGUCAUAGGAUUCUUGCCUGGCUGAUCUCAGCCACACAGACCAGACCCUCAUUUUGGAACACCCCUGUCCCACACAGCUGCUUCCCCAGCAGCCUGUGCAGGGUUCACAGGAGGUGGAGGCUUUAAGUUCUGCCUUUUCCCCUGGCAGUGCUGUAGUCCAGGUUGUAGUAGGAGGCCUUUUCAGGGAGCGUGGCCUCUCGAGCUGCCUGUGUCUUCUCAGGACCUGUGGGAGCUGUACUGGCUCACACAGCCAGCUCACAAACAGGGCCGUGCUUGCAGCAGGCUGGAGAAGGAGAGAUGAUAUUUCUCUGUGUUCUGUUGCCUGUGUUCUGUAUUCCCCACAUCUCAGUGGAAUGUGCUCUGGUGUGAACACAGAGAGUUCAAAGCAGCAUAGUUUAGUGUUACAUGAAUUGUCCAUCCAGCAAGAUGUGGUGCAGCUCAGGUUAGAAGCAGAUUGGUUAGAUUAAUUAAAGCAGGUUAUUUCUGUGAAUAUGUUUUUCUCCAGUUGUACAUUUUGAGAGUAGCUGUGAAACCAAGAAUCUCAAUGUAUUUUGUAAGUAUGCAAUGUCUCCCUACUUGUAAACUUGUUUGUGUUAUAUAUUUGAAGAAAUUGAUCUUUGACAUAAAAAUGGAAAUGCCUGCUA